AUGGAGGCCGAUUCCCACUUCGGCCGAAAGGUCAAUGGUCACGUGUUCUGUGGCGAUGUCGAAGACUGGAUGCAGUAUGACCUAUCUGAGCUACCAAACUACUAUCCUGCCUUCCCUGGAAAAACUCUUGAUGGCGGUCGAUACUUGAUCGAGCAUAAGGUUGGCUAUGGUUCAUAUUCCACUGUUUGGAUGGCCUACGACAAAAAUACGCGGAAAGAUGUGGCACUUAAGAUCAUGAAGACAGAUCAUAGUGAAAUCGACAUCCAAAAAAAGAUCAAGGAGUAUCUAGCCCAAAAGAGGAUACGUCAAAGAUCCGGGCUAUUACUCUUUCAGCACAACUUUUCUCUCGAAGGGUAUCGAGGGAGCAAAAAUAUAAAAUACUCGGCGAACCACUUAGGCAGCCUCUUACAUACCCCCGAGAAGAAGCCGAAAUCGGAGAAGAAGAAUGUCCAUUUUUUGACUAUGGAGAACUUGUGA